GACAGGGGAAGAGGAAGUAUCUUUAGGUCCUGGGGAAGACUGGCUUGUCUUGGUGGGUAGGGACGGUCAUUCGCAGCUUCUGGACGCACAGAGACAAAAUGGAGUUCCUCCGGCAAUACCUCCCUGCGCUGCAUCAGGCCUUAAUGGGGGCACUGGACUCCCUCAGCACCUUUGUCUCCUACCUCAUGGGAGAUGCGGUCCCCACUGUAGAGAGGGAGGCCCGGGAACUGGGGGAGGUGGCUGCAGGGAAGCCAGGGAAGGUUGUAGAGGAGGAAGCCCAGGAGGCCCUGCACGGCCUUGGAGGCGGCCAAAGCGAGGGGGCUGGAGGGCGCGAGGAGGCGAGCUCAGCUGCGGAACAGGUCUGGGGCUGGGGAGAAGGCAGUUCCUGCGGGCCGCAAGCUGGUAGGCAGGACUCUGGGGCCUGGGGGGCCGUCACGGCAGCCAGGGGCCUAGAGCCAAGUGUUCUCUUGGAGGCUGAGAAGAGCUCUGAGGCAGGGACUCGCGGAGACACGGGCAGUCAAGCCAAGGAGAGACAGGAGCCUGAAGAGCAGGAAGUGAACACAGGGGAGACGCUGAGAACCUGGGAACAGGAGGAGGAGGAAGAGGUCAGGGCAAGAGAGCCAGGGAUGGCCAGAGGGGUGGAGUCAGGGCGGCCUGGGCAUAGGGAGCCCAAGGGGCAGGCUGGUGCUGAGAGGGAGAAGGUGGCUGGGGACUGUGGGGAGACGCGGCCGGUGCUCAGGGAGGUAGUUGCAGAAGCUGAGGUGUCUGGAGCCGAAGGGCCUUGGAGGGAAGAAGGGGAGGUGGCAGCAGUGAGGGCUGACCAAAGCACAAGGGCCCAGGGGACACAGGACCCAGGGCCAGCGUCUGAAGACUGGACAACCUUGCAUAAAGAAGAGGCCAGCACGGAGGUGGACAGGAUAGCCUCAGACGGGGAGGAGGCCAGCACAGCCUCAGACGGGGAGGAGGCCAGUACAGCUUCAGCCAGGGAGGAGGCUGGUACCGCCUCAGCUGGGGAGGAGGCCAGCACCACCUCAGCUGGGGAGGAGGCUGACCUCCCAGGAGUCAGGGAGACAGAAGACAGGCUAGUCCCAGGAGACAGAAUCUCCGAAGCUGCUAGUAGUACUGAGAUCCUAGAGGAGGCCUCCAAUGGAGACCAGGAAGAGGAGCCACGUGAAAAGAGAGAGGAUGAAAUGAAGGUUUUCCCCCAACAGCCCUGGGUCCUGGUUACUGAAGCAACAGAAUACGCAGCUGAGGGCCAGAAGGCAGAGGAGGAGGCCGCAGGAGCCCAGGAACCAGAGGAGGAGGCAGGGGAGCGCUUCGCGGGUGAGACAGAUCAGUAUAGGAGAGAGGCCCAGAGCAGGCAAAGCUCAGAGGUCAGGGCUGAUGGUGCCCAUCUGCAGGAGGCCCCAGCAGAAGGGCCCCAGGAGAAGGAACAGAGGUGCUGGGCCCCGGAGGAUGAGCUGGCCCCAGACCAGGAGGCUGAAGGUGAGGCUGACUCAGAAACGGCCCUGGAGGCCAGGCCCGAGGAGGAGUUCAUGUGGGUGAGAGGCCAGGAGGGUCAGAUGCGCCAAGAAGCAGUGGGGAUGGGCUGGGGUGUCCUCAAAUUCAGGGUUGCUGAAGACCAGGGCCCCGAGCUGGUGGGAGAGGCCCAGACGCCCGCAGAGCCGCCUGAAGAAGGACAGGGGAGUCAGGAGGAGCGUAGCCCAGGCCUGAGCACGGAGGAGACAGGCAGUGGGGUGAAGGAACAGCUGAGACACAUAGGCUCUGUACUUCCUGCAGUCCUAGAGACAGAAGGCUGGGGAUUGUGGUGGGGAGGGGACGCAGGGAGCAAAAUCGCCCAGGAGGAAGGAGCAGAUGCUGAGGAGGAGGCUGCAGGAGGCCUGGCCCUGGAGGCCGAGGCCAAAGGAGUCUGGGAGUCUGAACUGCCAGAGGUCCUGGAGUGUGGACUGGAGGAGGGAGAGACCUCUGUGGUGGAGAACCAGGAGCUGCAGGCAGACCAAGGGGCAGAGGCAGGGACAGGCCAGGCACUGGCAGAAUCAGAGGCUGGGGAAACCAAGGACAAUGUGGCGGAGGUCACUGUGCCACAGGAGGCAGACAGAACACCCAGGGGAGGCUGGAGGCCGCAGGAGGCAACUCUGAGGCUCCAGGACUGCGAGGACACGCAGGCCAGUCCUUUGGCUGCUGAGGUGGAGGAGGGCCAGGCAGAAGGGGCGGCCGGAGCAGCUCGGAGCGGGGAGCUUGGGAGGGGCUGGGAGCCUGAAGGGCAGGGAGAGGCUGCACAGGUGCCGGGGGAGGAAGAGCUGGAGGAGCGGCCUGUGCCGGAGCAGAGGGGAGACGGUGAGGGGCAGCACGGGGACCGCCGCCCUGAGGGAGAGGCAGCAAGGCCGCUAGAUGUGGAUGCUAUCAAGGCGACUGGUGGCCAGAGGACGGAGGCCGAGGGGACUGCUCCAGCAGACCGGGAGGGCAGCCACGGCCAGGAGGGGCAGCCAACACACCAGCCUCCUGCGGAGACCACGCCGGCGCCUUCUGAGACUGCAGAGGCCACGGGAAGUGACCCAGGGGACACUCACAGCAGCUGGAGUGAGGCCCUGCUCCCUGGGUCCCGCCUGGACGUCUCUGCCUCCCGGAGCCGUGUGCUUCUGUCACGGAGCUCCUGGAAGCGGCGUUCACGACCCUCCUCCUGGAGGACACCUUCCCCGGAGCGGCAGGAGGACCCGCCCAGGCCCCAGCCUGAGGAGGGGCUCGCCAACCCUGAGCAGACACCUGUCCAGCUAGAGGAAGCCCCCGAGCCAAGUCCCUCACAGUCUGAAGAGACCCCAGAGCCGGUCAAGAGAAAGGUCCUGGGACACGGGUUUGGCCUUGCACACCCUGGCAUGAUGCAGGAAUUGCAAGCCAGGCUGGUCCAGCGGAAGCCCCAGUGACUGAGAGCCACUGUCCCGCCGGGAGCCUGCACUGCAUGAGGGUCAGAAGCCCCUGGGGGGCCCUACCAACUCAGGCAAUUUCCGCCACCUGCACCCUUCCCACUGUUGGAGCCGUACUUCCUGGUGUCUCACUCCUGGAGUGGAGAAAACCAGAAGGUCUGUGAAGACUUUGGACUUCAGGAAUCUGACUCUUUAGUGCAGGCUGGUGGACCCUAUGCCACUGAGGGACCCUCUUCUCAAGGGACCCUUGUCCUGAUCACCUGAAUCUGUCCCAGCUGCUCAGAAGACCACGGAAGAUUGAGAGGAUGGACUCUGUUCUCCCACAGUCUUCCCUCCCCGUGUCUGCGCCCCUCAGAGCGCUGUGUGGGGGUGACAGCUGUGGGUGGGGGCAUAACACACUCUUCCCUUCAGCACAAAAGAAAAGGGUUCGCAGGUCUAGGGGCACCAGGUGGACUCAGAGGUGAUGGGUAGCAGGCCAGCUGCCUUGACUUUCCAGAACUCUGCUGGAUACUAUGGCAACUGAGCUGGCCAGUCAGGGAAGGUAGACCAGAAUCCUCAGAUAUACUGGAGCAGUGAGGGGUUCUGGGCGGCCAGAGGCUGCCAACUCCACUGUAGCCAUCCUGCCCCUUGGGUGCCAGGCAUCUCUUCUGUGACAAGAAGCUAAAGCAGAGAGAGGGUGAGGAGGCUUUAUUAGGCACCCAGGACCGUGGCCCAGCCUGAGGAUGAACAAUAAAUAAAUCAUCUCCUAAACAAUAAAUAAAUAUCCAAGAAAUAAA